CUCUGCCAAACAAACAAAAGCAUUACAUGUAAGUUCAAUUCUAACAACGUCUCGUUAUGUCCAAAAAACAAGAUCGCUCUUCUGUUGGUGAUGUCCCCAGCUGUUCACCUAAGUUUGUUUGUCCAGUAUCGUUCGUAUGUUUAUUAAUCUGCACCGCUGCCUUGGUUCGUGUUGAGAUCAUAAACCAGCGAGUUCAUCACGUUGAAGAUGUCAUAGCGGAAGUGAGGCAAAUACAUGAAUCCAUAAUUAAGGAUUCUAGUGAAGGAGCAAGCUUCCAAGACUCUGGAAGGACUGGUUCUGUCGGGAACUUUGAUAGCAAUAUUUCUAAGGAGAGCAAAGAUAUGAUCGAAGGUAAUUUUUUUCCUCUAAUCAACUUACAAUUUAAAGGAUCCUCGAGCUUAUCCAAAGCUGUUGCACUACCUUUUGCUCUCUGUUUAUUUCAUGCCAGUACCGGUGAUUUUGUCUAUCUUAAUGAUACGAUAUAAAUUUUUCCUGGCGAAAUAUUUUCCACUAUCUCAAUUUUUUUACCGGGGGCUUUCUUUGGCGAUCAUGGUUGCAAAAGUCCAAGAGCAGUUGAAAUGAUCAAAAUCAUUCAAUCGAUCGUUCAAAGUACUUCUUUUUUCCCUCUACAUCUAUAAUUUGGAUCAAUUUUUCGAUUAAUUUUUUCAUGAUUGAAUUGUUAUACAGCUAAGCCCUCCAAGGAUAUAAAGGGUCCAUCGUUGAUUGAAUAAUUGGCAAGAGUGGGACGUCUGCUAUUCAUCGUGAUAGCAGCACAAAAAGGUCAGGGAUGGCGGAGCGUUUUGAAACUCGAGGGGAUUGGGGUAGGGGUGUUCAUCGAAGACCAUGCUAUGUCCUUACUCAAAUUUCCCAAGAUACCAUCCACGUCAAACCUCUGGCACCCUUGUGCUGAAUGUGUUACAUUCUAGAGAGCAGUUCUGAUUGUGGUGUUUUCAGACCCUUUUUUUAAAAACUACUGAAUAAACGUGAAGUGUUCUUGCGUGACUCAGGGAAAAGUUGAGCCUUUUUCAGGUUCUCGUUCAAAGGAGGCUAUAGAAAAAGCGAGAAAACGAAAAUCGGUGAUUGCCCGAGGAAAGGUGGUCUCCUUUCACUAAUUUUCAGCGACCGAAGGUUUACAGGGCUUAGCAAAAACCGGGUAACUGUUAGUUAGAAGAAUCUGGUUUGGAACCAAACUUGAUUUAAUGAAUAAACCGCUUUUAGAUUUUUAUGUAGUGAAGAGAUUUGAAAGUGUUCCCAGCUUUAAUUUUCAAAUACUUUUUGAAAAAAAACGAACAAAUUCUUUCCAGUUCACGCUAGAAGAACCCGUCGCCACUCUUCAUCUCAAAAACGACCUAUCCCUGACGGAGUUACUAUAGAGGUGGUUAGAAGUGAGAUAAACAAGACCAUAAGCUCAUGGUCACCACAAUCAUUUUGUUCGCCCAAAGAACAAAUAUGUGCACAGGGACCACCGGGAUUGCAAGGACCUAAAGGAUCACGUGGAAGGAAGGGUCCGCGUGGAUCUACGGGAAGGAAAGGGUUACGUGGUUUUAGAGGAGAACCAGGGCCUUCAGGAAAGCAGGGAAAUAUCGGACCGCCGGGUCAAAAGGGUGCGCAGGGUGCCAAAGGUAUCCCGGGUCUCAGGGGGCCACCCGGUACUAAAGGAGAACCUGGGGAAUCCAUUUCUCUCCCCUCAGUUGUCGUUUCUCCAGUUAAGCAAACAGUCAGAGAAAAUCAAAGAGCAGCGUUCCAAUGUUCUGUCAGUGGAAAUCCUCAACCGACUAUGAUGUGGGUACGAGGAAAUGGUACUCAUCUGCAAAGUGAUUCUCACCUUGGCGCUCGGGGUGGGAGAUUAGAAGUCCAUAACGUGACUCUUAGCGACGCGGGAAAAUACACUUGCGUUGGAAGGAAUAUCUUGGGUUCCGAGAGCAAGUCUGCGAAGCUAAUUGUUGAAGGUAGGAAUAGGUAUUGAAUGUGAGAGUUAAGCAUAAACGAAUCUUUUUGCUUUGUUUUCCUCGAGGGUGAUAUAGCAGUUCUCAGCAGUCUUCCGCGCUUCUUGAAUUAUUUUGCAUGAAAAUCCAUUGAAAGAAUUACGGAUGCAAACUUUUGGAUGCAAAGUUUUGGAUGCAAACAAUUGGAUGGAAACAUUUGUUUCGUGAACAUUUUAGUUUCGUGACAAUAAACAUGACCAUAAAGUUAGCCGAUGCGAUUAAGUUUUCAUGUUGAAGUUUUCCGAGUAUUCAACUGCUGACUUCAGCCUGAUAUCAUUUUGAACUCCACGGUUUAGAGAGAAAAUACUUUCGUUCUUCAAUCAAAGCCCGUGGUUCAGUCCAAGUUAUUUCAACUCAGUUUGAUCAACAUUUUUGUCUCGCUAGCCAAUCAAAUGUUUUGGUCCUGCCAUAAAUCGCUCAGAAAGCGAUAUACGCGAUGGUUACCGACAAGAGAAAAGUACGUGGAACAAAAACUCUACUAUAUCCAAUAUUUUCCCUUCCAAUUCUUUUUUCUAUCGCCGCAGGAAAGACUGGGUGUGAAUUUAUUUCGUUAUCUGCUUACUACUAUUUUUUUAAUAUCAAUUAUUUAAUUUACUUCCAUUUAGCCAAACCACAAGUUCGACUUUCUUCCGGACCCAUUCAUGCAAGGGUGGGACAAAACAUCACUUUACCCAAAUGUCACGUGACCGGCUUUCCGAAGCCAGUCGUGUCGUGGAAAAGAUUGACCGGUGCCUUAGCUAAAAAGAGAGCAGUUUAUAAUCAGCAAGAUUUGACAGUGAUUGAUGUGGAAAAAAACGACACUGGACCGUAUGAAUGCAGAGCCAGGAACCAUCUCGGAGAAGGUUCCGCAGUUACGACCUUGUUUGUUUGGUCGGCACCAAAAUUUGUCACAAAGCCACUAGACAUGACAACUAAUGGGGUUGGUGGGUCAGUGUCUCUUAACUGUUCCGCCAUAGGCGAGACUGUUCCUCUGAUUUCUUGGAAACGAGCAGCGGGGGCAUGGGACGAAAAGAGAAUGAAGGUAGACAAAGGAACCCUAACUAUUUCGGUUCUGAGAGAAUCAGACUCAGGAAUUUAUGUGUGCGAAGCCAAAGGUCCCCAAUUUACAAUUGAGGCAAGAACAUUUCUGAAGGUGAAAGGUUAGUUGAACUGCGUUCCAUAUUGUUGUUGUUAACAUAAAUGUUCGGCACACACUCUUUGGCGGUAUCACGCGAUUUCAUCCUUUUCUUUUCGGUUGUCUGUGCACUGAAUUUUAGUUAAAAACGUUAAAUCUUUCAUAACUGCUUUUUAAAUGAAACCCUGUCAGCUGAAUGACGACCAAGAUCUCAGUAACUGGAACAAUUUUUUCCACACGAGUCCGGUUAACGUAAUUGUAAAGGAAAUUGAACCCUCUUAUUUUAAUUACCGAAAUCUCAGCUCGCCUUAGUGGCAGGCCAGGCUGCAUUCCCAUUAGUCUGAAAUGAACUCAGAAUUAAUACCACUGAUUGAGCUGGCGCAGUUACUUGUGAACAGGCCCUAUUUUUUGCGCCAGGCCGUUUCUUAGUAUGCAAUAUAUGAAAAUUCAAACAAUUUUUUCUUCAAUCUUAAAUGUUUAGGAAAUUCUUGAUAUAUAAUUUUUUUGUUGGAGUGCUAUUUGUCCGAGUGUGGUGCAACUAUAACCAAAGUAAUAAUGGCCAGGGAUGGUCAAUCACUUAUCGGAUAUUAUGUCAUUUUCUUAAAGCUCCCCUCUCGUUUACGCCUGAUGGCCGUAAAGGACGACUUGGUAUCAUUCAAAAAUUCACCGUCCCAAGAACAGCUAAGUAUCUCAUUAAAGCUUUGGGCGCUCGGGGAGGGACGCAUUCCUACGACUUUGGAUACAGACCAGGAACCUAUUAUGGCGGCCAUGGGGCAGCGAUAGAAGGGACGUUUAGACUGACUAAAGGCACUAUUCUAAGUAUUGUUGUAGGGCAGAGAGGAGGAGAUUCAGUGGAGGUAAAAGGUGGCCGAAGCACUACUAUGACAGCAGCUCAGCUUGGGCUUUCUGUUGAAGACAAUGCUGGCACUGGGGGAGGGGGAGGGAGCUUUGUUUAUACCGCAACCAAUGUGCUGUUGUUAGCUGCCGGAGGAGGUGGAGGCGCAUCUGGUGGAUAUAAUGGUGUGGACGGUCAGGCAGGAACAAAUGGAACCAGUAGUGUGGGGAAUGAUCCGUCACAUGUGAAGAAGGGUGGUGCCACGGGGCAACCAGGAGAAUGUAACAAUAAUGACGCUAACUACCAUGGGGGAGUAGGUGCGGGUUGGAAUGGCCAAAGUUGUUCAAGAAAAGGACCUGAGCACGGAGAGGGAGGUGGGUCACGUGCUCAGGGCUGGAUCGGAGGUCGCGCAGGAGGUAUGAACAGUGGAAAUAACGGUGGACCAGCACCAGGAGCAGUGGGAGGGUUUGGUGGAGGUGGAGGAGGAGCAGAGGAUAACGGUGCAUCAGGUGGAGGGGGAGGGUACUCAGGAGGAGGCAGCGGUACCCAUGGUAAACAAGCCGGAGGGGGAGGUGGUUCGUAUUGCGCUGGUGAAAAUUGCCACGGUGUGACUGGCGGCAAUGUAAAUGAAGACGGCCUAGUGCAAAUUAUAGUUAUAUUCGACUAGAAUCAGUAAUCCGAUAUCUUCUAAGUUCCAUUUUAAUUGAUAUCAGCUUUGAGCUGUUUUGAGUGAUGCGAAUAGACUGUUCUACAAAAUAUAGCGUCGCCAAAGAGCCUUGCUGAGAUGACAUCACAAGAAUUUACACCGUAAAAAGACUUUAACUUGAAAUAGGACUUGAAACAGUUCAGAACUUUCAUUUUUAGGACAAACAUGAGAGCGAGUGAAGAAUACCGUCUAUCAUGAUUUGAGUGCCACUCAACGGUCCGUAUCUCUUAAAAUCGUUUCAUUUCUGAACUUUGACAAGGACGCGUGAAAAGUAGCAAACAAAAAAAAUAGGAGUAGAUAGGUAUAUGCUUAAAUGAAAUAAAAAUAUUUAAAAGAAGGCAGUUAUUGGUGAAGAAGUCGCAAGACAUAAUACGUCUCCGAUGGAAGUAGUAAAAUGUGACGAAUUCGAAGUGUCUUUUCUGAAAUUUGAGUCGCUCGUGAUUUAAUAAGAGGAGACAAUAUGUGGAUUUUCGUUUAUCCAAAAGAUUGUCUAAAUAGUUUUGAAAAAUCAGCAAGUCGACUCACCAUGUUAAAUUCGAUUUUUUUCUUAUAACAAAGAUAUCAAAGUAGGAUAUAACUCAGCCAAUCCAUACUUUGUCUUAGGAUUUGAAAGGCUUAUAAUACACAAUGCCAAAACUAAGUUUCCCAUCGUCUAAAAUUUAAUGUUUUUUAUUUCACCUGAGUGAUUUGUGUUCACUCCGAGUAUACAAUAAAUGG